AUGUGUGACUUACCAUACGAUAUCAUAAUCCUCAUUGCAGAGGAGCUGCCGAGAGAUCGAGAUGUUUCAGCCCUUAUGCAAACGAAUCGCACCUUCUACGAUUCCCUCAUCACAUACCUCUACAAGCGGAAUAUGCGCUCGCGGCAACCAGCUUUGUUUUGGUGCUGUCGUAAUGGUCUUUUGACCCCAAUCCUGCGCUUUUUGUCGUUGAAGGCAGACGUCGACUCGGUUUGGAGACUGGAUCGCCAACGGGCCACACCGUUGAUGGGAGCUGCAAGUGAAGGUCGUGUGAAGACAACAGAGAUUCUUCUUGAUUAUGGAGCCAGUGUGGACCCCUGUGACGGUACUGGCAGAAGAUUGGAGCUUCCAUUGAUAUUGGCUGCAGCUGGAGGACAUGCUAGAUUUGGCUUUUCGAAUGAGGCCCGAAUUGAGGUCAACCCAGUUGACAAUUCAGUGGUUCGAUAUCGCAUCCCCAACACCUCCCACAGGACAGAAGACAUCCAAGAUCAUAAAAGGGUGGUCAAGCUGCUUAUCGAACGCGGCGCCAGUCCCAGCCAUACAGCAAUUUCUCCAUUCACACGGAUAUCCCCGAUCAUUGCGGCUGUAAGAGGACGUAAUCCAGACAUUGUGAGGAUCCUGUUAGAACAAAUGACAUCCAUUCCUUUGCUCCCUGCUACCAGGAGAACUCAUCUGUCAUCCAGGAAGGAUUGGGGAGGUAUCUUGUGGGAGGUCUUGAAGCUCCAAUCGCCAAUCCGGGGAUGCCUGCUUGAUUUGCUGUUGGAGUAUGGGGCCGACAUCAACGGCGAGAAUUUACAGGGUGAAACUCUGAUUUUUCAAUUCGUUCGACGUGUAUCCAUUGGUGCCCCAAUGGAAGUUCACAUCGAAUACUGUUUUGAAGUGGUUCGUGAACUGUGCGAACGUGGCGCCCGAGUGAAUUACCAGAAUCUGAGAGGGCGCACGCCGUUAUAUCUGUGUUACAUGGCCGAGGAUAUGGUUGACUUACUCCUUAAAAAUGGCGCUGAUGUGAAUAUCCAGGACAUAGAUGGAUGUACGCCUCUUUUUUUCCACCCUCGAGUUGCUACUAUGAAACGACUCCUUGCAUAUGGGGCAGAUCCAAACAUCGAGGACAAAAAAGGUCUUACUCCUCUGUCCUUUUUCAUCUUGUCUAGAGACCCAUAUGCUCCCAUAGAGUUGGAAUUGAUGGAAUUGCUACUAAAGCAUGGAGCAGACGUGAAUAAACCACUACCCUCACGGCAUGGAGAGAGCUACCUGCACAUUGCUGCCAGACUGGGCAACGCAAGCAUGGUGAGGCUUUUUCUGGAGCACGGCGCCAAUCCUAUUGCUCGCACACGUCAUGGGUUCACAGCAUUGGACUUGGCACACGAUGAGGAGUGUCGAGAGGUUCUUGGUCUAUGGGUAAGAGAAGCGAGCAGACCAAGACGAGUUUUGCAUGAUGGACUGUGA